GCAACGUCUAAUUACACACCACUUCUGUGAUCUGUUGCAAAAUGAUUCUCGUCCUGUUCUCCAGCACUUUUGUUGCUAUUAAGAACAAAAUAGUUAACAAAUUUAAUCAGAGGAAUAUAGUAGCAAUUUCAAUCUACCAAAACGUUUUUUAUUUCUACGACUACAGUUGAAAACGGUAGUUGAGGUCAUCAGUGGAUAACAGACCGAUGAAUAUUGAAAUAUUCAAGUUCAAGUUUACCAUUUUUUCAAUAUAUUGGGUGACUGUGAGUCGUGAAAUAGAUUUUGAUGUGGUGAGUUCCGAAAAUGUUGCCGCUGCCCAGGAUUAAGUCUGUUUAUGUUUCAGCCGCCCCAGCAAGCCUGUUGAUGUUCAUGGCGGGAACAUCAUGUUGUUGGUCAUCCCCAGAAAUACCGAAGCUUUUAAAUGCCACCACAAAUCCAUUCGAACGAGUUGUAACCGAAGAAGAAAUUUCCUGGAUUUCAUCACUGCUUACUUUGGGAGCCGUUACGGCACCUUUCCUAUUUGGCUUCCUUGCAGAUAAAAUUGGUAGAAAAUCAACAAUACUACUUGUUGGUGUUCCAUUUUUCAUUUCUUACGUCAUGUUGGCUACAGGAGAAGUGAUUGAGGUGUUCUAUUGCGCAAGGAUUCUAUCAGGAAUUGGAGUUGGAGGUACUUUCACCAUGGUACCCAUGUACAUUGGAGAAAUUGCUGAAAGUCGAAACAGAGGAUUGAUCAGCUGUUUAACAGGGGCUAUUUGCUCGUUUGGAUUGUUAUUUUCAGUAGCCUUGGGACCAUUCAAAACAAUUCAAUAUUUUAACACAGUUCUAGCUAUCCCACCUCUAUUAUUCUUAAUUAUCUUCAGUAUACUUAGUGAAGAGAGUCCUAUAUAUUUAAUAAAAAAUCAAGAAAUUGAACAAGCCGAAUCAGUUUUACACAAUUUGGGAAGGACACUAGAAGCCGCAAAGAAGGAAAUCCUGGAGAUUCAGAGUGGAUAUGGAAAUAAAGAAGAUACAACUAUAAACUACAAAGAAAUGUUCAGAUCAAAACCUUUUAUCAAAGGAACAAUUUCGUCAUUGGGACUAUUAAUUUUCCAGCAACUAUCCGGAAUAAAUGCCAUAAUGUUCUACAGCCAGACCAUUUUUGAACAAGCCGGUACCAAAUUGGCACCACAGUUUUGUGUGAUUAUUCUAGUGAGUGUACAAUUUGUUAGCAGCUUCAUAGUUUCAUUUGUCGUUGACAGAUUUGGUCGAAAAAUAUGUUUGUUAAUAUCAGCCGUUGGAAUGAUAGCUUCCAAUGCACCUCUAGCUAUCUACUGCCAUCUCAGGAGCUCCCAAAUAUAUGUAGAAAGUUAUUCCUGGAUUCCAGUGUUAACACUCACUACGUUCAUAAUAUUUUUCAAUUUUGGUUAUGGCCCAUUACCAUGGACGAUUUUAGCUGAAAUGUUCUCAACAAACUACAGGUCCUUCGCAGCAGCUUUGGUGUCAACACUUUGUUGGUUAGUAUCAUUUUGGGUGACGAAAUAUUUUGGUUUGGCUGUAGCUACGUUUGGAUUGGGAAACGUAUUCCUAUUUUCCACCUUUAGUUGUUUAUUAGCUGCAAUAUUUUCCAGUUUCUAUGUUAUAGAAACAAAAGGUAAAAGUUUGAAUGAAAUACAAGAAAUGUUGGAUAAAUGAUUUGGGGUACAACAAACAUCAAAACUCUAAUGUACAAUGAACAAAACUUUGAUAUAACAAAAUUUUGAAGAUACCAAAUAAUUUGCAAAUUGUAUAUCUGUUAACAACAAUUGUGAGAAGUUGUAGUGUUCUACCUGACAUCAGUUUCAUUAGUUCAAUUGAUCAGAUAUUAUAUACAAAUCUGAUGAUAUUUGGAUAUAGUGAUAAUAUAGAAUUGUUAUUCAAAUAUUUUAGAGAACAAAAAGAAAUCUUAUAAUUUAAACAACAAAAGUCGAUUAUUUUUCAAUUCUCAUAGGAAAACAUUGGGAACAUAGCUUUUUGUACUUUCUUCAGAAAAAUGUUCAAUUUUCUCUACACUUGUGAGAGCUAAGAAGUAUUGUUGAGUCGAUAGAGUAGUCUCAUAAAUUAACUUAAAUCCGAUCAAAUGCAACUUCUUUCCAAAUAGAAAUUGAUAUUUGUAUAAAAACUCUUGUUUUAUUCAAUACUGUUAAAUGUAAAGUAGAAUAAAAAUGUACUGAACAAUAAUAUAAGAUUGAAUAAAUAAACAAUGUACUUCUUAUA